AUGGCCAACCCCAUCGCUUCUGCCUCCUCCGCGGCCCUGACGUUCGACCUCAUCGCCCGAUGUUCCACAACCCGCGCCCGAGCCUCCGUCUUGACUCUGCCGCAUGGCCCGGUGGAGCUCCCGAUAUUCAUGCCCGUGGCGACACAAGCCUCGCUCAAGGGCCUUACCCCCGAGCAACUGGAGGAAACGGGCUGUCGGCUGUGUCUGAACAACACCUACCACCUGGGUCUGAAGCCGGGACAAACGGUGCUCGCUGCGAUAGGGGGCGCGCACAAGCUGCAAGGAUGGGAUCACAACCUGCUGACUGAUAGCGGCGGCUUCCAAAUGGUCAGCCUACUCAAGCUAGCCAACAUCACAGAAGAGGGCGUCAAAUUCCUCAGCCCGCACGACGGCACGCCCAUGCUGCUAACACCAGAACACUCCAUCGCACUCCAGAACACCAUCGGCAGCGACAUCAUGAUGCAGCUCGACGACGUACUAGUCACGACCUCGCCCGACGCAGCGCGCAUGCGCGAAGCCAUGGAGCGCAGCGUGCGCUGGCUCGACCGGUGCAUAGCCGCGCACCAGAACCCGCGCACGCAGAACCUCUUCUGCAUCAUCCAGGGCGGGCUCGACGCGGACAUGCGGCGCGCGUGCUGCGCGGCCAUGGUGGCGCGCGACACGCCCGGGAUCGCCAUCGGCGGGCUUUCUGGGGGUGAGGCGAAAGCUGAUUUCUGUAGGGUUGUCGUGACCUGCACGGCGCUGCUGCCGGAACUGAAACCCCGCUAUGUCAUGGGCAUCGGCUACCCGGAGGACCUGGUCGUCAGCGUCGCGCUCGGCGCCGACAUGUUCGACUGCGUGUGGCCGACGCGCACGGCGCGGUUUGGUAAUGCCGUCACGCGCCGCGGCGUGCUGAACAUACGGAAUGCGCGCUACGCGAACGAUUUCGGCCCGCUGGAGGACGGGUGCGGGUGUGUGUGUUGUCGCGGCGCCGGGGAGGACGGAAAAGGAGGGAUAGGGGUAGGGGUCACGCGCGCGUUUGUGCAUCAUAAUACGGCGAAGGAGACCGUGGCGGCGCAUCUGCUGAGUAUACAUAAUGUGUGGUACCAGCUCAACCUCAUGAGGAAGGUCCGCGCGGCUAUCAUCGCGGAUGAAUAUCCGGCAUUUCUGAGGCGGUUCUUCGCUGAUUUGUAUGAUGACAAGGCUGACUAUCCCGAGUGGGCAGUUGAUGCCCUGCGGGGAGUUGGUGUAGAUUUACGGGUAGAUGAUACUUGA